AGAAGCACACAAGUCCAGCACAAUAACUUCCGGCGUAUCUACAAAGUGGACGGGAGUGAAAUUACAGAGACGGUGUUGAUGGUGUUGACUCCUGAAUCAUGUGUGAAGUUGCCUUAGAGGAGGUCUCAGUCUUGUCGUCGAUUUACUGCGGAGAAGGAGAGUUCCAGCUCUUGGGGCAGUCUGCUCAGGAUGGACUCCUUGUCAAAAUUAACAGCACCGUGUUGGGAGCUGACAGGGACACGAGUCUGUUGUUCCAUCUGCACCCACGUUACCCCUCCUGUCCCCCCUACAUCUCUGUCUCCUCCACCGCUCUCUCCAGGACCCAGUGUCAUGACAUAAGACAGAAGCUACUGGACCAAGCUGCAACUUUACCAGCAGAGCCAAUGGUUCACAAGCUCGUAGAGUGGUUACAGCAGUGUGAGGAGGUGAAAGAGGAGCAGAGUACAGGUGAAGAUGGGGUGAAAGAGAGAUGGACUGCAGUGCUGUCGUUGGACCACAUCCGGUCUAGAAGUCGUUACAUGGGGCUCCUGGAGCGCUGGAGCCAGCAGCUACAGCUGACUGUGAUUGUAUUAGUGGGACGGCAUAUACUGGUUAUUCUGCAGGGAACCAAACCCUGCAUCAAGGAGUUUUAUCACCUGUUGAAGACAGUUAAGGUGGAUGUGGAUUCUUCAGGGAAAAAAUGCAAGGAGAGGAUGAUGAAGGUUCUCAUUGAAACCCCUUUGUCUUGCUCCUAUGAACAUAGUCUCCAGAGAUUUGAGGUGAAGGACUACAAGAUGUUACCAGAGCUGAGCGCAGCCUUUCAGGAACUCCACAUGGCCGAGCUUUACGACCAGAUACUGCCUUCGUUAGGUGACUUGACAGCACACAGUUCACCACAGUGACAAAUCCAGAAUCGACAAGCAAAGCCUGAAUGAGGGAUCAGGCAAAGACAGGAAGGCCUCACCCCCUUUUUCCCAAUAUACAAUUACAGCACAACACUAGCUGUGCUGUAUCAUCACAGCUGACACAAAGGUACUUGAUGUGAAAAACAGGGAAGGUUUCACUAUUGCUGCAGUGCACAAAAUGGACGUCAAGUUCAUUUUCUGUGCCAAACAUCAAUCAUGGGUAAAUAAUUAGACGAUUGUUACUGAUGCCAUGACAAAUCGUUUUUAGAGCAGACAUUAUGACUUGUCAGAGCUCAGGUGUUGGUAACAAAAUCAGCGAUGGCUCUGUUCUAUGAAGUUGUGCCAGAUGACGGUGGCAGUGAUUGAACAUGAACAUCAGCAGGACUCCAAAAACUGGAGUAACUAAAGCCAACAAUCACUCUGCUAUCAACAACUUACCACAACGAUGUCAAAAUGGUUCCCAUGAUCUGAAUAUAUUCUAUUUAAAAAUUGAAAGUAAAACACUUUGUCUGCAGAAUGACCUUCUGCUGCAUGUAACCAUGUCUUCUAAUGAAACAGAAAGCUCAGACAUGAAUUAACAUGGACAUAUGUUGUAAGAAUUCAUAGUGAAGUGGAUUAUAUGUGCUUUAUGUACAAAGCACGGGGGGAGAAUAGAGAAAGUUCAACACUAUAUAUCAAAAACAAAUGGGAAUUGGAGUUAAAUAUAGAAAUCUAAGAAGAUUAUUGGUAUAGAAUGUGUAUGACACAAUGCACUACCACUUGCUCACAGACGUGGAGAGAAUUCGGCUGGAAGAAUCUCAUUAGAUUCUUUAUAACCCCUCAAAUCAAGAGUAGACAACCAUGCUGAAGGCUCUGUGGUAGCCAAGCGGCUAACCACAGACCUACUCGAAGCCACCACCUUUCUGGAAUACUGUAAAUACAAUUAUAAAUGACAUGAUGGGUUCUGACAUUCCGAAUAACUCUUUUGUCCUGUACUAAAGGAACAUUGAAGAUGCUGUUCAAAUAAAAGAGAAGUAUCUGAUUAAAAGUUUACUUAUGGCUAGCAAAAAAGCAGUAACUAGAAACUGGCACAAAACUGAAACCCCGGAAGGAACACUGGUUUGAAGUUAUCCAGGAGAUUUAUGCAAUCGAAAGAUUAACUGAAAAUGUAAAUACAUUUCUUUGACAAGAAAUGGAGGAAAUGGACCAUCUACAUGAAGAGUGAUGCCAACAAUAUACGAAUGACUGUAAAGGACAAUGCCCCUGUGCCUGUAUUUCCCCUGACUAUGUAGGUUUUCUAGUUUGUUGAGGAUUGCAACUAUCUAUGAAAAUCAAAUUAAAAAUAAAGUUACAAAAAUA